UUCCUGGUGCGCGCCGCAGCUGUGGAAGCCGGGCCGGCGCGCCACAGUGGCUGUGGCGUAGGAUGCCGGGCCCAGCGCGCUGCCCCGAGUGCGGCUCCGCCGGGCUCGUGGAAGACUCGCACUAUUCGCAGAGCCAGCUGGUGUGCUCCGACUGCGGCUGUGUGGUCACCGAGGGGGUCCUCACCACUACCUUCAGUGAGGAGAGCAACCUCCGAGAAAUAACAUAUUCUCGAAGCACUGGGGAAAAUGAACAAGUUAGUCGCAGCCAACAACGAGGUCUCCGCCGAGUGAGAGAUCUCUGUCGAAUUCUGCAGUUGCCUGCGACAUUCGAGGAGACUGCAAUCACCUACUACCAGCAGGCAUACCGGCACUCUGGCAUCCGUACAGCCAGGCUGCAGAAGAAGGAGGUGUUGGUUGGAUGCUGUGUUUUAAUCACCUGCCGGCAGCAUAACUGGCCCCUAACCAUGGGAACCAUCUGUGCCCUGUUGUAUGCAGACCUGGAUAUGUUUUCUGGCACCUACAUGCAGAUAGUGAAGCUCCUGGGGCUGGAUGUGCCAUCUCUGUGCAUGGCUGACUUGGUGAAGACUUACUGUAGCAGUUUCAGACUCUUCCAAGCCUCUCCAUCCAUGCCAGCCAAAUAUGUGGAAGAUAAAGAUAAGAUGCUGUCUCGAACCUUGCAGCUGGUGGAACUGGCCAGUGAGACGUGGCUGGUCACUGGGCGACAUCCACUGCCGGUCAUCACUGCAGCUGCUUUCCUGGCGUGGCAGUCCCUGCGGCCUUCGGAUCGGCUGACUUGUUCCCUGGCCCGAUUUUGUAAAAUGGCAAAAGUGGAUCUGCCUUACCCCGCUGCCUCCCGGCUGCAGGAGUUGGUGGCUGUUUUGCUGCGGAUGGCGGAGCAGCUAGCCUGGCUACAGGUUCUGAAACUUAACAAGCGAUCUGUGGUGAAGCACAUUGGUGACCUGCUCCAGCACCGUCACAUGUUGGUCCGCAUGGCCUUUCAUGAUGGAUUACCAGAAGGGGGGAUCCAGGAGAACGAGCAGCAGAGGCAGCAACAAGGACAGCGAGAGGGGGAGGUAGGGGGUAGCAUCUUAGAUCUUCAUCAGGGGAAGCGACCAGCUAGUCCUGCACUCCUCCUCCCACCCUGCAUGCUGAAACCCCCAAAGCGGCGCUGCCCCACGCCCCCUGCCUCCACUGUCACUGGAGAUGAGAUCAUUUCUGAUAGUGAGAUAGAGCAGUAUCUGCGCACCCCUCAGGAAGUGAGGGACUUUCAGAGAGCCCAAGCUGCUAGCCAGACUGCUCUGUGUGCCCCCAACCCUUAAUGCCU